GCUUACCGGACCGAUCUCCCAUCUUUCCUGGGCUACGGAAUAUUGCAAUACACGCAAUGAUUUCAAGCAUCGUUGACGUGUUCCGCAUUCGCCUCAUUCCAAGACGCAGCAGAACAAUAAUUACACUGACUAUUCCAGCUUUGGGAUCACUUAUCUAUUACACAACAGCGGAUGCCAAACAAAAACGGAUUGUUAAGGGCUAUAUUUCUGGGAUCCAACGUUUUGCACGGUAACUUCAGGUAAUUGGACUUUCAUUUAACUAGGGCUCUUUAUACGGGUACACGUAUAUCGCUGGAUUACAAGUGGACAAUGUUACGCAAUAGCGGAAGCCCGAGCUACGAUCAGGCCUUACUCGAUUGUCAUCAGCGUUCUGCUAGUCAUAUCUUGGAUGGCUGCCUGUCAAAUGGUGGAUUGUACAUUAAAAUGGGCCAGGGACUCGCCAGCCUUAAUCACAUUCUUCCGAGGCAGUAUACGGAAACUUUAGAAAGGCUUCACGAUCGCACUCUUUUGCGCACAGCUGACGAGAUAGAGCGUAUAUUACUUGAGGACUUCGGGAAGCCUCCAAACGAGCUGUUUGCCUCGUUUGAUAAAGAGCCUAUUGCUGCAGCUAGUCUUGCCCAGGUACAUCGGGCCAGAACCAAGUCUGGUGUUGAGGUGGCCGUCAAAGUACAAUAUGAAGAUCUGCGUGACCGAUUUCAUGGAGACAUUCGCACUUUGGAAUUUCUCCUGUGGCUCGUUGAGCUCGUCCACCCCGAUUUCGGAUUCUCAUGGGUUCUUCGGGAUAUGCAGGAUACUCUAGCUAAAGAAUUGGAUUUCGAAAACGAAGCACAGAAUGCGCAUAAGUGUGCCGCCGACUUAAGUAGCCUUGGAACAUUGCGACCGGAUGGAGCAGUGCACAUUCCAUGGGUCGACCGGAAUCUUACCAGCAAACGAGUACUUACCACUGAAUAUAUUGAUGGAAUCAAAAUCAACCAGGUUUCAGCCCUUCGUGGAGCUGGUUUUUCACUUGCGGAGUUAGACAGACUUUUGGUCCGCACCUUCAGUCAUCAAGUAUUCUGCACCGGAUUUGUCCAUGGAGAUCCUCAUCCGGGCAACUUGUUGGUCCGGCGGCGACCGUCUCGUCGCACUGGUCAGCAUCAUUCUCCUCUACUCGUCUUGACUAAGAGCCUGCUGUCAACUGUUUGUGCUUUUGUUUUAUUCUUCAUCCGCCUUCCCGUCCAACUAUGGAAUCGUGCUUUAUACGACAUUCCUUUCACCCUUCCAUUCAUAAACACAACUCCAUUGCAGUUAGUGUUAUUGGAUCACGGAUUGUAUGACAGUUUGCCAAACAGCCAGCGUAUUGCACUUUGCAAUAUGUAUCAGUCGAUUCUGGAUGGUGACGAAGUCAGUAUGCGGCGUGCUUCCUCCGAGUUGGGUGUUGGAGAUUGGUCUACAUUCGGUGAGGUGUUGUUGCAGCGUCCAUGGCGACGUUUCACACUGCGAGUACCACCUAAGCUAACCGAAGCGGAUCGACAGUAUUUGAGAGCGACCGCUGCGGAGCACUUUGAUCGAGUUAUGGCCGUACUUCAGGAAAUGCCACGGCCCAUGUUACUUUUCAUACGGAAUCUCAACCUGGUGCGGUCCAUCUGUCGGUUGCACGGUGACCCCGUCGACCGUUACCUGGUGAUGGUGGACAGCGCAGUGUUAGGAAGCUUCCUGGCUCACGGGAAGAACGCUGCGACCUCUGGAGCCAAUUGGAGCACCUCCAUUCGGGUGCAUUUGAGGCUGCAGAGGUACCACUGGAAGUUGAGAGCGGAAGCCGUCGUCACUUGGAUCCGAUCGUUGUUUUAUCGGUUUCUUAUCUUACUUGGCCGGGCUCCAGAUCUUCAAGAACUGCGAUCCAUUUUCGCCCCUCCUGCAGCCACUGGAUCAUCCCUAUUGGCUACAUGAAUAUUUUCAUCUAACCUGUAUUUUAUAGAACCUUCACUGCCUUGAAUCAUUUCUCCUGUCUUGUUAUUUUCACCUUAACCAUCAUACGAAACUUGUCAAGCAUUUCCUUUCUACCCGUUAAAACAAUUGCUCCAAUGCCGUAAGAAUUC